GCCGCCGCGACUCAAGGACACACUUCCCAGGAGUCCUCGCGGCGGCGCGCCGAGAGCCCCGCGGCCGUGAUUGGCUGGAGAGCCGGCCGCACGCGGAGGAGCUCAAGGAGCAGCUCUGUUGCGACAGAGGCCGAGCGGCGAGGCCCGACUCCCUGAAAGAACAGUAACCUACCCCUCUGGUUCAGCACCAUGCCCUCUGACCUGGCCAAGAAGAAGGCUGCCAAAAAGAAGGAAGCUGCCAAAGCUCGACAGCGGCCCAGAAAGGGACAUGAAGAAAACGGAGAUGCUGUGACAGAACCACAGGCAGCAGAGGAGAAAAAUGAGGCCAAUGGCAGAGAGACCACAGAAGUGGAUUUACUGACCAAGGAGCUAGAGGACUUUGAAAUGAAGAAAGCUGCUGCUCGAGCCGUCACUGGUGUCCUGGCCUCUCACCCCAAUAGUACUGAUGUCCACAUUAUCAACCUCUCACUUACCUUUCAUGGUCAAGAGCUGCUCAGUGACACCAAACUGGAAUUAAACUCAGGCCGUCGUUAUGGCCUCAUCGGCUUAAAUGGAAUAGGAAAGUCCAUGCUGCUCUCUGCUAUUGGGAAACGUGAAGUGCCCAUCCCUGAGCAUAUCGAUAUCUACCAUCUGACUCGAGAGAUGCCCCCUAGUGACAAGACACCCUUGCAGUGUGUGAUGGAAGUGGACACAGAGCGGGCCAUGCUGGAGAGGGAGGCUGAACGGCUGGCUCAUGAGGAUGCGGAGUGCGAGAAGCUCAUGGAACUCUAUGAGCGCCUGGAGGAACUGGAUGCUGACAAGGCAGAGAUGCGGGCCUCACGGAUCUUGCACGGACUGGGUUUUACACCUGCCAUGCAGCGCAAGAAGCUAAAAGACUUCAGUGGGGGCUGGAGGAUGAGGGUUGCCCUUGCCAGAGCCCUCUUUAUUCGGCCCUUUAUGCUGCUCCUGGAUGAGCCCACCAAUCACUUGGACCUAGAUGCCUGUGUUUGGUUGGAAGAAGAACUGAAGACUUUUAAGCGCAUCCUGGUCCUGGUGUCCCAUUCCCAAGAUUUCCUGAAUGGUGUCUGUACCAAUAUCAUCCAUAUGCACAACAAGAAACUGAAGUACUAUACGGGUAAUUAUGAUCAGUAUGUGAAGACACGACUGGAGCUGGAGGAGAACCAGAUGAAGAGGUUUCACUGGGAGCAAGAUCAGAUUGCACACAUGAAGAACUACAUUGCUAGGUUUGGUCAUGGCAGUGCCAAGCUGGCCCGACAGGCCCAGAGCAAGGAAAAGACACUACAGAAAAUGAUGGCAUCGGGACUGACGGAAAGGGUUGUGAGCGAUAAGACACUGUCAUUUUAUUUCCCACCCUGUGGCAAGAUCCCUCCACCUGUCAUUAUGGUGCAGAACGUGAGCUUCAAGUAUACAAAAGAUGGGCCUUGCAUCUACAAUAAUCUAGAAUUUGGUAUUGACCUUGACACACGAGUGGCUCUGGUAGGGCCCAACGGAGCUGGAAAGUCAACUCUUUUGAAGCUGCUAACAGGAGAGCUACUACCCACAGAUGGGAUGAUCCGGAAGCAUUCUCAUGUCAAGAUAGGGCGAUACCAUCAGCAUUUACAGGAGCAGCUGGAUUUAGAUCUCUCCCCUUUGGAGUAUAUGAUGAAGUGCUACCCAGAGAUCAAAGAGAAGGAGGAAAUGAGGAAGAUCAUUGGGCGAUACGGCCUCACUGGAAAACAGCAGGUGAGCCCGAUCCGGAACCUGUCAGAUGGGCAAAAGUGCCGAGUGUGUCUAGCUUGGCUGGCCUGGCAGAACCCCCACAUGCUUUUCCUGGACGAGCCCACCAAUCAUCUGGACAUUGAGACCAUUGACGCCCUGGCAGAUGCCAUCAACGAGUUUGAGGGUGGUAUGAUGCUAGUCAGCCAUGACUUCAGACUCAUUCAGCAGGUUGCACAGGAAAUCUGGGUCUGUGAGAAACAGACAAUCACCAAGUGGCCUGGAGACAUCCUGGCCUACAAGGAGCACCUCAAGUCCAAGCUGGUAGACGAGGAGCCCCAGCUCACUAAGAGGACCCACAAUGUGUGAGCCCUUGGCCCACUUGGGUCAGGAGCGCCACCUGGGGACUGCCAGCUGUCACCUGACCGCCACUCAGGACAGGACCCUGGGGCUGCACUCCCGCAUUGCUGCAAUACUGCCCCCAGCCUCUUCCCAUCUCAGCCUGCCUUCGCUGCACUGUUACCUUACUACAGCUGGACAGUACCUGUCCGUUUCCCAUCCUCCUUCCAGUUACAUCUAUCCGUGUCUGGACUUGGCUGGCUCUUCCCUCCAGCCUGUUGCUGGUUAUAUUGCCCUAAGAGAUAUGCAGCCAGGGGUACCCCAGGGUUAGCCCAAGGACCACGCCCUGGGUUUGGCGCGUGAAGGAGUUUUAAGAGCCUCAUUUUCUGGGUUUUGGUGAUGUUGGAGGAUUACCCCCAGCCCACCGCCCCUGUUCCUUUUGCUUCUGGUUUGGAGCUCUGGACCAGGGCUUUGGUCCUGGUCCAUUUUUAAAUAACUAUUUAACAGUGUAACUUUUAGACCUGCGUGACAUCUACAAAGCGUCCAAUAAAGAAAGAGGAACCCAUGGUCCCUCUCUUCCUUCCCAGGUAUCUGGGGUCUUCCUUCCCCGCUCCUCCCUGCAACGCCGGCAUGCGCCUCAGCAAGAGCCUGAUGGGACUGAAGAU